AAAUCAGUCAGUUUUGGCAUAGUUAAUUGUCCAAUCAGUGAAGUUUCAACUCGAAAUAAUCAUCCCAGUCCCUGUGUGGAAUAUUUACACUGAUAAGACAACAUUUCUGUGAUAUUCGGGAUGAAUUUGAACUCUCAUUCAUAUGAUUCGCUCAAUGAAAUGCCUUUCAGUUUCUCUUUUCAACUGUGAAUUAGUUUCAUUAGAAUCCAUCUAUCAAUUUGAAAUGAUAUAUUCUAACAAAAUUUCAGCUAUCCACUGAAUAUCACCAAUGAAUGCGCAUAUAUUUGAGAAAAAAAACAGAAUGCUAGCAAUAUCUUUUGUUCAUUUAUACAUGAAAUUUCAACUAACCUAUGAAGUACAUAAUGAACAGAAUGGAUAUACCUUUUCUGCUAAAAAUGAAAACAUUCACUAAUUCAGGCGCAGUACAACAUGAUUGUCAUUCACAUCAUAUAUGGAAACAACACAAACUUCCAUUGAUCAAAAAUCCAUCUGAAUCGUAUAUAGGCUACGAUGAAUGCUUUGGACUAAAAACUAAUCCCCUGAAUACUACAGAACCAAACAGCACUGAAUUAAUCCAAGUGAUUGGACUGAUUUGGACAGGAAUUGGUGUAGUCGGUUCAAUUAUCACAAUAUGCAGCAUGUUAACCGCUAUAUUCCUUUAUACUUUAUAUCCAUGUUUACGAAAUUUUCGAUUCAAGUUACAUCUUCACUUAUUCUUUGCAUUAUUAAUGGAGUCAAUUGCCCAACUAAUCUUAUCUUGCCUACUGUUAAGUAAAUCUGAUCAAAUGUCUGUUAAUAAUACUGGAAAUAGAUCCACUUAUCAAGCAGUACUGAUUCAAAAGAAUGUGAAUAGUUAUAAUUCAGAAAAAUUAAAAUAUUCAAUUAUUCAGAAAACUAUGAUAAUCAUCUGGGAAUUAAGUCAGACCUGUGUUUUCACCUGGACAUUUAUAGAAGGAUUUCAUAUUCAUGAAUUAAUCGUUGUAUCAGUAUUUCAAACGUCAGUAAAUAUGUAUCCUUUAAUGUUUGCAGCGUGGAUUGUACCUAUUUUUAUAACGGGAUUAUGGUUAAUUGCUUGGUUGUGCAUAAAUACAACAGAUGUAAACUGGUCUUUUUAUACGUUUCAUUCAACUUACUGGAUACCGAAUAGUUUCAGAUUAGUUCUAUUAUCUAUGAAUAUGGCUUUUCUUAUCAACGUAAUCCUAGUUCUUGUCAGAAGAUUUCAGACUAAUGAAGCACCAGAAAUUCAAAAACUAAGAAAAGCUGUCAAAGCUACUGUUCUCUUAAUGCCAUUACUUGGAAUUACAAACUUUAUUGUACUCUUACCAGAACCAAAUAAUGUAUUUGGAUUUUUUAUUAUUUGUGGAUUGCGUAAAGUUUUGCCAACAUGGCAAGGAUUUACUAUAUCUAUGAUUUAUUACUUUAUGAAUAAAGAUGUUCAAAGAUGUAUACAAAUGUCAAUUCGAAAAUUUAAACAAAAGCAUCAAAUCAAGUAUCCGAAUUAAUCCUCGUUACCUUACAAAUUCCUUACAACUAACCACAGCACCAACAAAUAAUCUUACAUAACUUGUAAUUGAAGAAAAUUUUAUUAUUAAAUUAUAAUCUAUCCUAUUUUAUGAUAACAAAAUAUCUAUAGCCAAUGUAUUUUCAGUCGGCAUUCUAAUUAUAAUAAUUAUUAUUAUUUUUCCCUUGG